AUGCGUGCAAAAAAGGAUGGAGGAGUCGGAACCUGAAUGGAAGCGGGCUCGUACCGACGAGGGGACUGCUGUAGGAAGCCGUUCCGAGGCAGAUGAUGAGGACGACGAGGAUUAUGUGCCCUAUGUGCCAUUGCGACAGCGCCGGCAGCUCCUGCUAGGAUCCUGCCACAGCUCCUGGGUGCGAUGCCUCACUCUGUUGAGCUCGGCUCUGAGGGGCGCUGGUGAAACCUCAGCUCCAGAAGCUGCUACAGCGAAGACGCAAGGGAGCUGCUUCGGAAGAGGAGCAGCAGGACAGUGGCAGUGACCACCGGGGAGAUGAAGACGACAUCCCGCUGGGCCCACAGUCCAAUGUCAGCCUCCUGGAUCAACACCAGCACCUCAAAGAGAAGGCUGAAGCCCGCAAGGAGUCUGCCAAGGAAAAGCAGCUGAAGGAAGAGGAGAAGAUCCUGGAGAGUGUGGCUGAGGGCCGAGCCUUGAUGUCAGUGAAGGAGAUGGCUAAGGGAAUCACAUACGACGAUCCAAUCAAAACCAGUUGGACACCUCCCCGCUAUGUCCUGAGCAUGUCUGAAGAGCGGCAUGAGCGUGUACGGAAGAAAUAUCACAUUCUGGUGGAAGGUGAUGGUAUCCCACCACCCAUCAAGAGCUUCAAGGAAAUGAAAUUUCCUGCAGCCAUCCUGAGAGGCCUGAAGAAGAAGGGCAUCCAUCACCCAACACCUAUUCAGAUCCAGGGCAUCCCCACCAUUUUAUCUGGCCGUGACAUGAUAGGCAUCGCCUUCACAGGUUCAGGCAAGACACUGGUGUUCACUUUACCUGUCAUCAUGUUCUGCCUGGAACAAGAGAAAAGAUUACCUUUCUCCAAGCGUGAAGGGCCCUAUGGACUCAUUAUCUGCCCCUCGCGAGAGCUGGCCCGACAGACCCAUGGCAUCCUGGAAUACUACUGCCGCCUACUGCAGGAGGACAGCUCGCCACUCCUGCGCUGUGCACUUUGCAUCGGGGGCAUGUCUGUCAAAGAGCAGAUGGAGACCAUCCGACAUGGUGUGCACAUGAUGGUGGCCACCCCUGGGCGCCUCAUGGAUCUACUACAAAAGAAGAUGGUCAGCCUAGACAUCUGUCGGUACCUGGCCCUGGACGAGGCUGACCGCAUGAUUGACAUGGGCUUCGAGGGCGACAUUCGCACCAUCUUCUCCUACUUCAAGGGUCAGCGCCAGACCCUACUCUUCAGCGCCACCAUGCCUAAGAAGAUACAGAACUUUGCCAAGAGUGCCCUGGUGAAGCCUGUCACAAUCAAUGUGGGGCGCGCUGGGGCCGCCAGCCUAGAUGUCAUACAGGAGGUGGAAUAUGUGAAGGAGGAGGCCAAGAUGGUGUACCUGCUUGAGUGCCUGCAGAAGACACCCCCACCCGUACUCAUCUUUGCAGAGAAGAAGGCCGAUGUGGAUGCCAUCCAUGAGUACCUGCUGCUCAAGGGGGUCGAGGCCGUGGCCAUCCAUGGCGGCAAAGACCAGGAGGAACGGACCAAGGCCAUUGAAGCAUUCAGGGAAGGCAAGAAGGAUGUUCUAGUGGCCACAGAUGUAGCCUCCAAGGGCCUGGACUUCCCUGCCAUCCAGCAUGUCAUCAAUUACGACAUGCCUGAGGAGAUCGAGAACUAUGUGCACAGAAUAGGCCGUACUGGACGCUCAGGAAACACAGGCAUCGCCACCACCUUCAUCAAUAAGGCUUGUGAUGAGUCAGUGCUAAUGGACCUCAAAGCCCUGCUACUGGAGGCCAAGCAGAAGGUGCCACCUGUGCUGCAAGUGCUGCACUGUGGGGACGAGUCCAUGCUGGACAUUGGAGGAGAGCGUGGCUGUGCCUUCUGUGGGGGCCUGGGCCAUCGGAUCACCGACUGCCCCAAACUUGAGGCCAUGCAGACCAAGCAGGUUAGCAACAUCGGCCGAAAGGACUACCUGGCCCACAGCUCCAUGGACUUCUAGCCACCUCUCAUCCUUCCUUCAUAAGAGGCCUCGGUCCCUGCGUCCCAGCCGCCUCCCACACACCAGCCCCCUGGACAAGAAGCCAGCAUCCUCGGCCCAGCUGGCCUAGGCUGGGCCUGGCUGCCUGCCCUCUGUACCCCUGGAAUUAAUAUUUUCCCUCCCCUUUACCCCAGUUGCCAUUAAAGCACAAGCCUCU